AUGGAAAACGCGGCGAGCUUAGCGACGGGUCCCGACGGACGUAAACGGCGGGUGAGUUACUUCUUCGAGCCAGAGUUCGGGCAACCAAGGGAACCCUACGCGAGCCAUAUCGCUAACAGCCUCAUCUUCAAACACGGCCUCCACCGUCAUAUGGAAAUCUACCGCCCAAUCCUCGCCGGCGUUUCCGACUUCUUGCGGUUCCACUCGCGGGACUAUAUCGAUUUCCUCGCCUCCAUCACGCCGAUGACUCUAAAUGAUCCUUCCUUCUUCCAUAACCUCAGGCGCUCGCGCUUCUUUAGCAAUGACGUGUACAUGGACAGAGAGAUGAACGGUCCCGUCUUCCAUGGCCUUUUCGAUUACUGCCGUGCCUACGCUGGUUGUUCUUUAACCGCCGCCGCCAAACUGAACCGCCGAGAAACUGAUAUCGCUAUCAAUUGGUCCGGAGGGAUGCACCGUGCCAAGUUUGAUCAGGCUACUGAGUUUUGCUUCGUCAAUGACAUUGUUCUUGCGAUUCUCGAGUUGCUUAAGACUUUCAAGAGAGUUCUGUACAUAGAUAUUGGCUAUCGCCGUGGGGAUGGAGUGGAAGAAGCAUUUUACGAUACUGAUAGAGUUAUGACUGUUUCUUUCCACACUGAUUGGGAUACUUUCGCGUUUUUCCCAAGAUACGGAGGCAGGAGAGAGUUGUACGGAGACAGGAGAGAGUUGUAUUCUCUGAAUGCACCGUUAAAAGAUUGCCUCAAGGAUAAAAGUCUUCGCAAUUUGUUCAGACCUGUUAUCACCAAGGCGAUGGAAGUCUAUCAGCCAGAAGUUGUUGUUCUUCAGUGUGGUGCUGAUUCAUUAGCUGAUAAUUGGCCUGGUAGGUUCAACUUGAAAAUCAAGGGUCACGGUGAUUGCCUCCAGUUCGUAAGAUCUUUUAAUGUUCCUCUCAUGGUCUUGGGUGGUGGAGGUUCUGAACCUCGCUUUGUUUCCCGCUGCUGGUGCUACGAGACAGCUGUUGCGGUUGGGGUUGGGGAACAACUUGAGAACGAUCUCAAAGUCAACGAGUUUUUUUACAAGCCAAACUUCAAACAAGAUUUAAACACACCAAGAGAUAUUGAGAUUCUAAGGAACGGAUUGCUACGGAAACUUUCACAACUAAUACACGUACCUAGUGUACAGUUUCAAGACACUCCAUCAAUGCGUCAAGCCACAGAACCGGCGGAAGUCGACAUGGAGAAGAGACAAGUUCUAAGCAAUUUGAGGCGAUCCAAGCUGUGA